UUAUGAUGUCACACAGCAGAAAUGAAACUACAGUGUAAAGACCAGAUUUUCAUAAACAGAAAACGAGUUUCUUUCAUCAGAACGGCAAAUCUCAAGCUUCUCCUUUUUAAGCAACUAAAUCCACUUCAUGGCUUCCUCCAGCAGUGUCCUGUGUGAAGAUCAGCUCCAGUGCUCCAUCUGUCUGGAGGUGUUCACUGAUCCAGUCUCUACUCCAUGUGGACACAACUUCUGUAUGAUCUGUCUCAGAGAGUUCUGGGACAGCAGUUCACACUGCCAGUGUCCAAUGUGUAAGACGGAAUUCCCUAAACGUCCUGAUCUACGUGUGAAUACGUUCAUCUCUGCACUUGCUGCUCCAUUUAAGAAGUCAGUUCAGGAGAAAUCCAGCAGCGCUGCAGAUCCGCUUCCCUCUAAGCCUAAGAAGGUUCUGUGUGACUCCUGCACUGAGGAGAAGCUGGAGGCUCUAAAGUCCUGUCUGCACUGUGGAGUUUCUUUCUGUAACACUCAUCUGAUGCUCCAUAAAACUACACCUAAACUCAUGAAGCACAAACUGAUGGAGCCUGUGGAGAACCUGGAGGACUACAUCUGCCAGAAACAUGAGAGACCCCUGGAGCUGUUCUGUAGAGACGACCAGACGUGUGUGUGUCAGUUCUGUACUGAGACAGACCACAAAACUCACAGCACUGUUCCUAUAGAGGAGGCGGCUGAAGAGAAGAAGACUGAGUUGGGAAAGACACGAGCAGAAGUUCAGCAGAUGAUCCAGGAGCGACUGAAGAAGAUUGAGGAACUCAAACACUCUGUAGAGAUCAAUAAAAAAAACACAGAGAAGGAGAAACUAGACGUUGUGGAGAUCUUCAGUGCUCUGAUGCGCUGCAUUGAGAGAAGCCAGGCUGAGCUGCUUAAGGUGAUGGAGGAGAAGCAGAAAGCAGCAGAGAGGCAGGCUGAAGAGUUGAUUAAAGAGCUGGAGCAGGAAAUCACUGAGCUAAAGAGGAGAAACACUGAGCUGGAGCAGCUCUCACACACUGAGGAUCACCUCCACCUCCUACAGAUUUCCCCGUCACUCCGAAUCCCUCCACGUACCAAGAACUGGACUGAUUUUAGUAUUAACUCUCACCUGAGUGUGGAGACUCUGAGGAGAAAUCUGUCUCAGCUUCAGGAGUCUCUGAGUAAGGAAAUGGAGAAACUUGUUAAAACUGAACUGAAACGAAUUUCACAAUAUGCAGCGAAUGUGACUCUGGAUCCUGAUACAGCACAUCCUAAACUCAUCCUGUCUGAUGAUGAGAAACAAGUAAGACACAAAAGAUCCACAAAACAGAACCUCCCUGACAAUCCGGAGAGGUUUGAUGCUUCUCUGUAUGUGCUGGGAAACGAGGGAUUCUCUUCAGGGAGAUUUUACUAUGAGGUGCAGGUUCAAGGAAAAACAGACUGGAUUUUAGGAGUGGCCAGAGAGUCUGUUAACAGGAAGGGACUGAUUAAACCUUGCCCUGAAAAUGGAUACUGGUGUGUGUGGAAACGAAAUGAUGAUAAAUAUUCGGCCUGGGACUCUCCUCGUGUCUCCCUCUCCAUGAAACAGGUUCCUCGGAAAGUGGGGGUGUUUGUGGAUUAUGAGGAAGGUCUGAUCUCCUUCUAUGAUGUUGAGGCCAUGUUUCAUAUCUAUUCUUUCAUUGGUCAGACUUUCACUGAGAAACUUUAUCCAAUAUUCAGCCCCUGCAAUGAUAACAGAGGUCACAAUGUAGAACCUCUGGUCAUCUUGUAAUGGAAUUAAACAGUAAUUCUUUAAUUGAUUUCAUUUCUGCUAUGAACACCUUAUCAGCCUCACCUUGAGUUGAUUCCUGCCUUAACAAUGUGCAAUAAUCUUUUUUAAUCAUUUAAUGCAUUUAUGUGUACUUGAUUUGUAUUGACAACCUUAUAGUUUGUCCCUAUGACAAACUAUAAAUAAAUGAAUAAAUAAUUACUGUUAUGAGCACUAAUUACUUUAAUCCAAAAAUCAAUUCUGAAACUGGAACUUCAGACAGUUUCACCUGGGGCAUGUUCAGGAAAUCGUGUAUUUACAGUAGCAAUUAUGUGUUAAGAUUUUACUCUACAGUGUCUAUACAGUCUGUCUAUACACUCUCCUCUCACUGGAUGUCAGUGUUUAGUUGAUUAAAGGUAAUAUUCAUGCUUGGCUGUAGACCCGUGAGCCUCUAGUAGUGAAAGAAAUUGUAAAAUGAUAUAU